AUGGCCUCUGAGGCGUUAACCGAAUUGAUGCGUAGCUAUGACAUCGACGGCAACGGAUGCUUGGACAAAAUAGAAUGGGUGAAAUUGUGUUCCCACGACACGAUUAAUUUAUCCCCGGAACUGGCUAGUGCCCUGUUCGAUGGUCUGGACACAGAUGCUGAUGGCUCGGUACGGAUCAGUGAUAUUAUGAAAGAGUUGGCCGCCUACGAGGCCGGUGAUCCGGUGGCUACGACACCGACCAGACGUUCGGUUUCAUCCGGACCGAAUUUUCAAUAUUCCCUUCCGUCUACGCCCAAGACUCCGAGGAAAAUCUCACACCCGAUGAUGCCAGUGGUACGAGAAUCCCGGGGACAGAAUCGUCGGUUGUGGGAACGCCGUGUGAAAAGUGGUUAUGUUUCUCAGCCCCGAGUAGGUCUAGACUGGUCCGGGGAUGGAUUCAUGACGAAAACGGAAGUAGCCGAGAACGGGGAUGAGGUGUUCUCGACCACACCAGUUGCUGUCAAUCCGAGCUUUGAAGUGAAUUUUCAGUCAGACUACAUUCUGAACACUAGAAUCAGCCGAUCUGUAGUCGAAUUUGGUUCCCCUUACUCUUCGACAGAUUUCCCGAAUCCACCGAUCAGUCGAAGCUAUCCAGAAUUGUUGCCCACAUUCAACAAUGUCAUGGAAGAUAUUCGAAACGAAAUCAAAGCCUCACGGGAAGAGAAACACACACUGGAGGAGAACUAUUUGAAAGAAAAAGCGGCAAGAAAACAGGAUUUAAUUCGCAUGGAAAAUGAGCUCGAAAUGCAAAUCCAACGAUACGAGGAACGAGCCAAAACUGAGGUGCAAGAUAAAAUCAAAAGUGAGUACGACACCAUGAUAAACGCGAAAGAAAAAGAAAUCGAAGAAAUACGUUCCCAGGUGGAAGUGUUGAAAAAGAGAAUUAAAGACAGCGGAGAGCAAAUUCAAACCCGCACCACUCCCGACUCGACCACAGUCGAUCAAAUCAAUUUAUCGGAAGAUCCUGUCUCACCGACUCCAUGGCCUUAUGUGGCCAAAAGUCCUACAAAUCAGGAUCAGUUAAAAACUGUGAUGGAACAAUUGGCCCGGCGAGAAAGUGAGCUGUCCGCAUUAAAAGCUCAACUAGAAAUGCAAGAGAGACAAAUUGAAGUGUGA